AUGAAGAAAAUAUUCAACUUCACCAAGAAGAAGAAAUUCCCGUCCGGCACGCCGGACAGCGGCAGCGUGCUCUCCCUUGGAUACGAGCUGAAGGAGAAGGACCUGGGGAAGGUCCACAAGGCUGCCUGGGCGGGCGACGCGUCGAAGCUGAAGCAGCUCGCCAAGAAGAACGACAUCAAUCAGCUGGACAAGGAGAACAGAACAGCGCUUCAUAUUGCUUGUGCCAGUGGACAUGUGGAAGUGGUUCAGUUCCUUGUCGAAAGCAAAGCCAAGCUUAAUCUAUGCGACAAUCAAAACAGAUCCGCCUUAAUGAAGGCAGUGCAGGGCCAACAUGAGCGCUGUGUGUGUUCACUGCUGGAGAAUCACGCUGACCCCAACCUGGUGGACAUCAAUGGCAACACAUCCCUGCACCUGGCCGCCAACAUCCCUUCCAUCUCCACUGCCACCCUGCUCCUGGAGCAUGAUGCCGACAUCAAUGCUCAGAACAAGGAAGGUUUCACCCCUCUGACCGUGACGGUCCGUGAGAAUCACGUGGAGAUGGCUGAAUUUCUGCUGAAGGAGGGUGCUGAUGUGAACGUCAGGGAUCAGGGGCAAAGGUCCCCAUUGAUGAUAGCUGCUAGCAAUGGACAAAUCAGUAUGCUGAGGCUGCUCUUGCAGUAUGAUGCGGAUAUUACACUAAAGGAUGUCAAUGGGUGGUCGUCUGAUGACCACGCAGUCAUCAACGGACAUCAUGCUUGUUCUCACCUCAUCAUUGAGCAUGGCACCAAGAGGAAUGCAUUGUCUCCCUCUUCAAAUCAAGUCUCAACCAAAAAGAAAAAGAAAAACAGUCCUUCCCAAGGAGGUGAAGCAGGCUUCUCUCUGGGAGGACCAGCCAUUGACAAAGAUGAACAUGGACUAAGUGAAACAGGGAGAGAUCUUGAGGACAAUUCUCAGUCAGAGUCAGUGAGCCGAGCUUCCAAAAGUGCUGCUGAUGAUUGGCUGUCAUCGGAGGAUGAUGAUGAUGAUGAACUGGAAUUAAUCCCAAAGAGACCACAGAAGGUGAACCUAAAGAAAUUGAUUGCCUCUAAAAGGGGAGAGCAUGCUGACAGACCUUUGAGCGGUGACAUGUCUGAGCCUGAGAGUGAAGAUAGUGUCCAGAGAAUCCCUUCUCACCCCAAGGCUUUACCACCCAGCAAAGCUCCCCAGCAUCCAGUAGCUCCCUUCCCAGUUUUGUUCUCCAAAGCCCCCCGGAUGACCUCCAACCCACUCCCAACCACCAGAAAGUCAGAAGAUAACACCAAAUUUGAUGAUGAGGACAAAGAGGAAGAAGAGAGCGAUGAUUUAGAUGAAGAGGAAGGAGAGGAGAGUGAUCAGGAGGAAGAGGAGGAAGGAGCCUCGCCGGUAGCCACCACACCCGAUAACUCCAAAGAUAAGCAAAGGGACUUCCUUUCUGAGUUGGGAAUGGAGAAAGGAGAGGAAGACGAGGACUCCUGGGAUUCUGAGUCCCACUCUGACAGAAGUCCUAAGAAGACACAGGAUGGCCAUCAUAGCUCUCCUGCCAAAACUCAGAUAGAAAUGUCCGUUGGUGAAAAGGAAAAUAGAGAAGUUGUAACAAAGGAGGGUGACGACAGUGGCGGUCAAGAGAGUGAUAACAGUGACGACAGUCCAGAGAAAGAGACUGAGAAGGCAAAGUGUCAGCUGCUGUCUGUUUUGAACAAGCUUGAAGGGGAUGCUAAUAGGAAGCCAGAUUUGAUGGAAGAGCUUGGCCUGGGUGAUGCUGAUGAUUUUGAAAUUCAAUGUGUCACCGGUACAGAUGCCUCAGACUGGGAUUCAGCCAGUACCACCAGCAGAAGAACCCUACCCGGCCGCAGAGUGGCCUCGCCCGGGGUAGAGGAACUGCCAGAAUGCUCCACCCCACCUGCUCAGGAGCAGGAGCCAGAGACCCCCACAGCAGCACCUGCUAUAUCCAAGAGGUGCAUCAGCGCAGGCAAAAGGAUGUCACCGCAGCCCAGCCCACGCUCUCGAACCUCGUACUCCCCUCCUCAAACUCUGCCCCAGCCCCGUGCAACCAAGAUGCUAACUCAAAAACCAGAGAGUGAAGAUGAAUCAGACUGGGAUUCAGACAACGUGACCUCCUCUUCCAGCCCUGUCAAGCAGCUGCCAGAUUUAGCUGAGGCUGGAGCGGUGGUAAAACCAGGUUCUCCUGUGCCUGAUCCUUCACCAACAGCAAGAGAAAGUGACAGCACUUCAGAGCUGGCAGAACAGCCGCUAAAGGUAAGCCCCUGCCAGGAAAUGCCAACUCCAUCCCAUGUCCCACACUCCUCUGGUGUCUGUCCCACACUGCACACCCAUGUGAAAGACGAUGCAUUAGACACAUCUAAAUUAGAUGUUGAUAACCCAAGUCAGUUUUGGCUGGUGGGCUCUGGAUGUGCAGACAGCGACGAUGUGUCAAGCGAUCAGGAAGGUCCUGAGAGGAGAUAUACCACAAGUACUAAUAAAUCGUGGGAGAAAGGCUAUGAGAAGCUCUGGGUGGAGGUGGAGAAGAGGGAGGCGAUCUCCACCUACAGGAAUGUAGCUGGUGAGCUGAAGGAGAGAUUUGGAGAGCUGCCUCACUUUUAUAGAAGCACUGCAGAAAACACCAUAGAAGAACAGCAGGUGGAGGAAAUGUCAAGCGAGGAGGAAGAGGGUGAGCCCAUCGUGCGGCCCACAGCCAGAGCAAGGAGCGCAGUCCUCCUCACGAUACCUGAGCAGACAGAGUCGGGGCUGGAGGACUCAGUAACUGAGUCAGCCGAGAACUCCCAGUGCGAGGACAGGACUCGGGCCUGUGAAGGCAGCAGGGCUGAAGACCUCCAUCUCCUUAGUGAUGACGCUCUGGAGAGGUGCAUGUCUUUCUCAUCACAGCAGCCUGCUAGAAGCUAUAUCACAGCAGCAGACCCUGACGAAAAUGAUGCCACUCAGGAUUUUCCCAACGUCAACUCGGAGGCAAUGUGUGAACAUUUAAAUGCAGGCCACCCCUCAAAUGACGAGAUCAAACCUGAGCCAACUCAACCAGAGCCCAUCAUGGAGGAGGACAACAACGCUGCUCCCUUUGAUUCCAGCACGAAGAGCCCUGUUGGUUCAGAGGAUGACCCUGAAGAGCAUGCACAUUCUCAGCCUCCUUCUCGAACCAUGUACUCCGCCGCCAGCCUGGGCGUUUAUGACGAAGAACUGGAAGAGGACAUGUGGAAGUUUAAGCAUAAGGUAGACGACGGCCGCUCCUUACUCCUGUAUUUGGCUGGCAAACAAAGGACAAACACUUCGAUGAAAGAAGAAAAACCUGACGCUUCCUGGGAAGCUCGGCAACAACUGAAGCAGGAACGAACAGAAGAGGAGAAACCUGAGACCUGUAUGGGACGCCUGGAAGAGCUGGCCAGCAGAGAUGAGGAAACGCCAAAGGAAACUCGGCUCACAGUCACUCAAAGUAUUCCUAAAAGACCGGCCUGUAUAAAUCCAAAGAGCUCUGACAGGGAUGCCGUGCAGCGACAUGUCCUGCUCCAGCAGAGCUGCCAUAAGGAGAAGCAGCAGGGUGGAGCGGUAGAUGUAGGGAGGACCUCCCAGCCGCAGCAUCUAGUCAAGGGGGCACGGAGCAAUAGAGCCCCUCAGACCACCACCCACCUAAACGGAGACCCCCUCUCUGUGUUUGAUGAUAGUACUUUAAGUGAAGUGUCGGACGAUGAAGGAAGGUCUUCAUCUGGUCAGCGGAGAGAUGAGACUCAAGACCCUGAGAAAAUGGAGAUUGAGGAGGACUUGGAUGAACUUACUCAGUCCUCGGACACUGCUACAGAUGACCUGGACUCCCCCGCUUCUGGCUACCGCCAUGCCUCCCUCCUCAUCGAGAAACUGGACUCUGCAACCUUCGAUUCCAGAACCAUGGUGAAGCUACAGAACAUUUUCCAUGAGUAUGAGCGCUCCAUCCAAAAGGCGCGCAGUCGCCAUGGGCACCUGACUGACAAGGUGAGCCAGAUUGAGAUGGAGCGGGCGGAGCUAAGGAACUCUUUGGAGGAAGUGAAAGAUGUCAAAUCUGCUCUGGAACGCCACCAACUGGAGCUACAGACUGAAGUCAACAACCUCAAGUUCCAGCUGAAACAAGAGCAAGAGAAUCGGCGUAAUGCCACCAUGAUGUAUGAGACCACCAGGGAGAAGCUGAGGAGGACAGAGGAGCAGCAACAGCGGGAAGUGGAAGAAAGACAAAGCGUGGAGCUCACCCUCCGCAACCUGGAGCUAGAGAGGAGAACUCUUGUCAACAACAUGAAAAUGCUGGAGCAGGAUCGCAGUGAGACCCAGAGGCUGUUGGCCCAGGAACGCAGUGCCAGAACCCUGCAGGAGAACCUUCUAAACAGCCAUCUUCGCAAACAGCAGGAGAUGGAGGAGGAGAACAGGAAGAACAUCAGUAAGAGCAAUGAGGCCCUGUCUCAGCUUACUGAGGCCAGCGACAGGGAGAAGGAGCUCCUCCAGCAGACGGCCUCCCUGCAGGAGGAGCUGAGUCUCCUGAGAACAGAGCUGGAGCGCUCAAGGGCCAACAGCAACUUGGAGGAGAGCCGCCUGGUGGAGGAGAGCGAGGCCCUCAGGGAGCGCCUGGAAGACACUCGCCGAGACCUGAAACUGAAUGAAGAUGCGCUUGCCCAGACUGUCUUCCAGUACAACAGCCAGCUGAGCGCUCUCAAGUCUGAGCUGGCCAUCUCCACCAGCCGCCUGGAGCAUGAGCGGCAGGCUCGCGAGACACUGGAGGCAGAGGUGGAGUCUACCCGGAAUCGCCUGGCGGGGGCGACGCAGGAGGCAGAGCGCUGCCAGGCAACCCGCGCAGAUGCAGAGAAAGCCCUGCUCCGUGAAAAGGAGGAGCACCAGCGGAUUAAAGACAAACACACAGGUGAAGCAUCCAGUCAACGUGAGGCAGUUAGCAGCCUGUCCCAGAAACUGGCCACGGCGGAGGUCCGAGCAAACAGCCUGGAGAACGAGGUCCACAGGGCAACUCUGCAGCUGACAGAGAAAGGUCUUCUGCUGGAGGCCCUGCAGCGGGAGAAGGACCAGGCAGCGGCACGGGCCAAGGAGCUGGAGACCACCCUGCAGGCUGAGAGAGAGCUGGCCAGCCGGGCCGCGGCCCGCCAGGAGACCACGCAGGAGCGGCUAGCUCAGGCCCAGAGUGAGGGCAUGCUACUGCGACAGCAGCUAGAGGAAGCCCAGAACAAGGGUGUGGCCAAGGAACGUGCCGUGACCGAUGCACAGGAGCGCUUCAGCGACAUCCUUUCAAAGCUGCGCUCAGACUGCGAGGAGAGGGUACAGUUGGUGGAAGAGAGGAAUAGGGAGCUGGCCAGCAAGGCGGCCGAACUCCGAGAGCAGCUCUUCAAGUUGGAGGAGGAGAGGAACGAGAGAGAGGCCGGUCUGAGGCAGCUGCAGCAGGAGCUAGCUGACUCAUUGAAGAAGCUUUCCAUGAGUGAGGCCUCCCUCGAGGUCAACACACGCUAUCGCAAUGACCUGGACGAAGAGAAGGCCCGGCUCCUCAAGGACAUGGACCGACUCAAGGGGAAGCUGGAGGAGAGCGAGGAUCAGUUCGUCCAGGCUGAGCGGCGCAUCAAUGGUCUGAAAAGCAGUCUGAAUGACAGGGAGCGGGAGCUCACCACUACCGCCCAGAGACUCCAGGAGGCACUGUCAGCCACACAAGGCUCUGACACCACUAUCGGACAGCUAGAGGAAACUGUGCAGAGGUUGGAGAUAGAGAACGCCAGGCUGGAGGCAGCAGCCAAGCAGCAGUCCAACAGGAUUGAAAUCCUUCAGAAGGGAGCGCAGGAGGCGGCCCUGGUCAGAAGUCGUCUGGAGGACUUGGUGACCAACCUUCAGGGCACGAAGAUGAGUUUGGAGGACCAACUAAGUCGAGAGGUGCAGAAACAGAGUGCGCUGUCCCACACCGCGCUGGACACUCAGGCACUAUGGGAGGAGGAGCUGAAGAGUCGCUCCAAGCUGGGCCUGCGCCUGGCCGAGCUGGAGAAGGAGAAGGGAGAGCUCAGCAGCCAGAUGGAGUUGGAGAGGAAGAAAGCCAAGAAGAUUUCCGAGCAGAAGAAGGCGAUGGACACACGGCUUGACCAGGAGAUGAAGAGGAACACUGAGCUCCAAAAAGAAAUGUACAGGCUCCGUACUCUGUUGAAGACUGCGAAGAAGAAACUUCGGGAGCAGGACAGCGGUGGUGCUGAGUUGGGCUCUCCCAUGAGUAGUCUGAGAAUGGAGAUGGCCAAGCACAGCCUGGCGGACGUCUCCUUGGGACGGAUGAAAGAAAAAGUGGAGGAGCUGCAGGUGCAGCUGGAGAAGGAGGUGUUUCGCUGCCAGAAGCUGGAGAAAGUGAACGGCGAGCUGAAGGAGCAGCUGGUGGCCCAGAGAAGCCUGAGCCGAAGCAACGAGCGGUUGGAAAGGACCAAGAGGCAGCUGGAGGAGGAAGUGUCAGGGCUGCGGCGCCAGGUGGAGGUGGGCCUGGUGGACCAGAGCCAGUUGGAGCAGUACCGCCGUGAUGCCGAGGAGAGAGCACGCAAGGAGAUCCGACAAAAACUGGAGGAGGUCAACCUCUUCCUGCAGACCCAGGCGGCUUCCCAGGACGCACUGGAUCAAAUUAAAUCUGCCAAUGAGACCAAUGUGCGCUCCCAGCUAGAACAGAGAAUCCGGGAGCUGGAGGGGGAGCUGGGCCAGGUCCGGACUGCCCAGCAGGACAGCCUGAACCAGAGAGAAUCCACACGCAGCGAGCUGGAGCGCUACCAGGAACUGUAUACUGAGGAACUCCGCCUCCGCAAGUCCCUAGCUGCCAAACUGGAGAGAGCCAACACCCGGCUGGCCGAAGCCAACGCCAAGCUGCUGAACGAGCGGCACCGCAGCAAGUCCCUUAUCGCCAGCAGCAUCGCCAACGGCAGCAUGGUAGGGCCCUCGCUGGAUGUUGGCUCCUUGGGGUCGGCGCCGACCUACGGGGCUGCUCUGGGGCCACUGAGCAGGAGCCUAAGCCUGGGACUGCCCCUCCUCAGCCCCGUGACUGAGGGUCAGAACAGCAGGGUGGAGGACUACCUGGCCAAGAUGCAGACUGAACUGCAGAGCGCUAUAACGAAGGAGUUAGACCACGCCAUGGCAGAGCUGGAGGUGGGUUCGGCCCGUGUCUCCCCAGUGGGCUCAGCCUCCGGAACAGAGCUGGACCCGGUCAGCAGGGCCACACAGCAGUAUCUGGAGGUCCUGAAGAAGAACUACAUGAUCUGACCCCCCCCCCCCCAGUACUUUCAGAGAGGACAGAGUCCAAGUACUGUACACGUACUGUCAGUUUACCAGCCGUUUAACGUGCAGUUAGUUUACUGACUGUUCCAAAACUAAGGCCAAAGCCACUGCCAUCAACCUACCACUACGCUCCACCCGCCCAGCCUCGCUUGCUCUCUCUCCUUCUCUUUGUCUCUUUCUCUUUCUUCUUCUCUCUGUCUCUUUCUUCUGUCUUUCUAUUUCUUCUUCUCUUUUUCUCCUCUUCUAUUUUUCUUUGUCUUUCUUCUU